CGCAUCUUUAUAAUUUCAAAACAGUGUUUUGUUGUUUGAUUUUUCGUUCUCGUGGGUAAGUCGUAUACGUUACAUUUCUAAAAAUUUCCUUAAAUAUUUAAUAAUAGAAGAAGAGAUACUUUUUUGCGAAUAUCACAAUUUUCAUUUUUGGCAUAUCUACGCCAAUGUAUCGAAAAUUGCUUUAGUAUUGAGCAUCGUGUUAUUAUCGAGAUAAGCUGCCGUAGGUUAUGUCAUUGUGCGAAAGAUAAUUGGAAAAUUGAAAAUUCUGGGACGAUGAAUAAUCGAGAAGAGGUGGACCUGUAUCGGGAUACAUAUGUGAGAUAUUUAGGUUAUGCAAAUGAAGUUGGAGAGGCAUUUAGAAGCCUAGUACCAAAAUCCAUCGUGUGGUUUAGUUAUGCACUAUCAAGUGGAUAUGUUCUUGCCGAUACAGUGCACAAGGGUGCAAAAGUCUACCAAGCAAACACUACUUCACAAAGAACUAAGAAUGUUCUACUGUCCACAUCGGAUACUUUGAUAUGGCAAACUUUUGCAUCUAUAAUAGUUCCUGGUUUUACUAUAAAUAGAAUUUGCGCAGCAGUUCAGUUUGCGCAAAGAAAAAGUACAAGAACAGCUUUUAAAAAGCCUUGGAUUUCAACACUUGUUGGCUUGGUAUCUAUACCUUUUAUAAUACAUCCAAUAGACCAUGCUGUAGAAGGCGCAAUGGAUGUUACAUACAGGAAAUGGACAGGAUACCAUCCAAAAGUGCCCUUAUGUGGAAUAAAACAUGAAUAACGAAAAUGUAGUCAAUUAAAGGUAUAGUAUAUUAUUAUUAAACUGAAAGGGGUUAUGCUUAAAUCAAUCUUAAAUUUUAAUGGAUAUAUUGAAGAAUAUUUCAUGUUUAAUACAAUAUUUUUAAAAAGCCUUGUAUUAAUAAUGAUGGACAAAUUAUUAUUUUUCACAAUUUUUGAUAAUGAUAUCAAAGGAUAAUAUACAAUAAUCACAAAUUUCUCUGAAAGUUUUAUUAAAAUUAUUGAUAUAAAAUUAAGGCUAAAUCUGAAUUAUCGCGACCUCUCGAUGUAUAGUAAAAUAUUACUGCCGAUUAUAUUUAAGAUAGUACAACAAUGCAAUUAGAAUAUUUUAUUAUUAAUUGCUUAAAAAAUGUUAAAUAUUUUUGUUAUGAUGUACAUAUUACACAGCUAUAUGUGCAUUAAGACUGUGAUCGCGCUGGUUUACGUGCUACAAUUGUUAAGCUGUUGAAUAAAAUUAUUAAUUCUA